AUGUCCACUUGUAUUUUUAAACAAUUAUUAGAUAUGUUAAAGCCAUUUUUAUUUAAAAAAAGUCAUCGUGCAUUGAUACCUGAACAACGCCUUGCUCUGACUCUUCGAUACCUUGCUACAGGAGAUCAAACCUUAUCAAUCGCCUUAGCAUAUCGCAUUGGGGAAUCGACGGCACGUAAAGUAAUACAAGAGACUUGUACUGCAAUUAUAAAAGUAUUAGCGCCUACAUACUUACAAGCUCCUAAAGAAGAAGAUUGGCUAAAAAUAUGUGAAGGAUUUUGGACAAAUUGGAACCUGCCAAAUUGUUGUGGAGCAGUUGAUGGGAAACACGUGCAAAUACAAGCUCCUCCAAAUUCUGGAAGCUUGUAUUUCAAUUAUAAGAAGACUUUCAGUAUUAUAUUAAUGGCGGCAUGUGACUAUAACUAUAAAUUCACGUUGAUAGAUGUUGGAGCAUAUGGCAGUAAUAGUGAUGGCGGAGUUUUUUCAAGAUCAAAGUUUGGUGAAGCUAUGUACAAUGGAAAUCUGAAUUUACCAAAAGGCGAAGCCACUUUACCCGGAAGUGCAACAAAGACAGCAUGCUUCUUUGUUGGAUAUGAAGCAUUCCAACUAACCAGAAAUAUGAUGAGACCACCUGUAGAACACAGGAUUUAUUGUCCUCCAAAUUUUAUCGAUAAUGAACAAGAAGAUGGAACCAUUACUCCUGGAACAUGGAGGAGUGAGUGUUCUAGUAUGAACAAUGUAGAAAUGGAGCGCUUAAGACCAACUGCUCAUCGUGCAACUGCUGCUGCAUAUAAACAGCGGGAUGAUUUAGCUGAUUAUUUAAUAAGUUCUGAGGGUAAAGUUCCAUGGCAAGACGAGUACGUCAAUAGAGGUUGGAAUGGUCCCGAUUUGAUCGAAUAA